UGGAACAGUAAAAGCGUGUUCACUAGAGAGAGAAAGCUAGAGAGAGAGAGAGAGAGAGAGAGAGAGAGAGAGAAUGGAGGGAUUAACGGAGGAGGAACGAAGGGCUCUACGUGGAAGCAAAUUCGCGCCGCUUCCUUCCGCCCCCGCUCCUUCUCGACCCAAUCCCAGGUUAGCGCACCCUGGUGGGCCAUUGACAACAAACAAGGCUUCCGCUUUGGCGAAAUUCCUGGAAAGAAAACUCCAGGAUCCUAAUGGAUUGGAUUCUUUAAAACCCGAACUUCUUGAACUGGCUGUCAAAAAUGCGAAAGCUACUGUAAAUGCAAGUGGAACCUCACGUUCAGGAAGAGUUAUUCGACAUGUAGACUCCUUUGGUGAUUCUGAGGUACCUUCGUUGGAAGAUGGAGAAAAAAUCGAGACAAAGAAACAAAAAAAGAAGAAGAAAAAGAAAAAGAAUGCAAUGGGAAAAAACAAGAAACAUAAGCCAUUGAAGGACCCUGGAGAUACAGUACUCAAAAAGCCUAAAACAAAGCUGAAAUUGUGAUUGUUGGCCAAAGAUGUACUGAAGGCUUUCCAAAUUAUAGAAAACCAGAUGUUUUUGCGUCGUUUUUUUACUUUUGAAAUUGGUCAGGUGAUGGCUAACUUGAACUAGGCACAAUUCCCAUGUUUUGGAAUGGUUACAGUACUUUUUUCAUAUUUCUUUAAGUUUUUGUGAUGCAAUUCGGCUUGCAAGCUCAAUGAUAGAUUCAAAGUAGGGUGUCUAGUGUAGGUUCUGGAUUUUUGUGAGGGGAGGUUCAUUCUGUAAUGUGUCCAUGCGGUUAACGACUUCAUUUCGGUUGGGUGAUUGAAGUGUAAAUUAAACUUAACUUUGAUUCUGGAAACAUGAUGUUUCUGAGUUA